AUGGCUGAACUUUCAGACUUAAUCAAGAAGUUUGAAUUUUCAAAGGUGUUGAAAAGUGAACCGUCUACUAAAACUGUGGUUCUAUUUGGAAAUAUUGGCUCUGAUGCUGCGAUAAUUGCACUUGAGAAAUCUCAUUUCAAUUUUGAAUUUGAAGAUACUGGCUUAGAUAAAUUAAUACAAGACUUAAAGCUCAUUAAUCUGAACGAUGUGUAUCAUUGGUCGAAUGCAAUUUUAUUUCAGGAUUUGGAUAAACUUCCCUCGUCGAAGCUAAAUUUAAUAUACCCAGCUACUGAUGUUCAUAUAAGAAAAUAUUCUCAACAGAAGUAUCAUUAUGUACUUGAAACGCCAGAUAUGUACAGCAUGUAUGUUGUGCCUUACAUAGAGAGCAUGAAAGGAGAUAGAAUUAAGUGGGUAUACAACAUCCUAUUCGAGGGAAAAGAAUCAGAAACUUUUAUUUAUCACGACAAAGAUUUAACCAUGGGAUUUGUACUUUUGCCUGAUAUGAAAUGGGAUCAGAUAAAUAUGGAAUCGUUGUAUUUGUGUUGUAUUGUGAAUAGAAAAGAUAUAUCUUCAGUGAGAGAUUUGAAUGGCGAUCAUCUUUCUUACUUGAUUGGAAUUCAGAAAACAAUUAAGCAAGUCACUUGCAAAAGGUUUCUCAUCGAGGAGGAUAAAUUGAGGAUUUUCAUACACUAUCAUCCAUCUUACUACCAUUUUCAUAUUCAUGUUGUGAAUGUCAGUCAUCCAGGUUUAGGUGAUUCGAUUGCUGUCGGCAAGGCGAUAUUACUAGAUAAUGUCAUUGAAAAUAUAAAAUUAGCUGGAGAUUACUAUCAGAAAGUUAAUUUGGGAGUAUUAAUAGGCGAAAACCACGGUCUUUGGAAUAUCGAGGGGUUUAGAAAUUCCCAUUAUAGAAACAUAGGUAGUCACCAUAAUGAAUAG